AUGUCAAGAGACCGAGGCGCGAGGUUGAUUGAGGAGAGAGCAGUGGGAGCCGGCAGGGAGGGUACGGCGGUCCUUAGGCAGUCGUCGGAGCAGCGGGGUCAGGAGCCCGGGGGUUGCGACGGUGCGAGGCAGCGAGGGGAGAUGGUACCGCCUGUAGCAGGGGAUGUGAUGUUAGAGGGCACAGGUGAUCAGCAGCAGCAGGACAGGGAUGCUGAGGCGAGAAGACAAGGCCAGGGUGGCACGGACGCGGUUGCGUUGGACGGCGAAUGGGGCGAGGGAGGCGACGGCGAGCAGGUUGUGUACAGGCUGUGCAGGGUGGACCCCGUUGACCGCGUUGACUCCGUUGACUUCCUUGACGCCGUGCCCAUAUCGGAGCGCGAGCUGGAGGAGCUUCAGGCGUGGAUGCUCCGCCAUGCGCCCGACGCGCUCGCCCUGCCCCUGCCGCCCGGGGCGGUGGAGGCUGCGGGGGAGGCGGACAUGGCGGAGUGGUUAUCAGGGGAAGGAUUAGGGUUGGGGGAGGAAGGUGGUGCAGGUGAGGCGGACGAGCCCCCCCUGGCCUCCCCGCCUCUUCCCUGGUCGGGUGGGGAGGCGGGAGUGGUAGGGACUGGGCAGCCACGUGGCAGGUCGCUAUUGGCCAGAGGGCAGGCACGAGGAGAAGGGCGGAUAGGGAGGGGCGUGAAGACGGAGUUAGGAUUCGGGCCAGAUGACGUGAAGAGUGGGCAGGACGGCCGGUCAGGUCAAUUGAAUCCCCGUGCGGCCAUUAACGGCGUGCUUGCUCUGCCAACCAAUGAGACGAGGACAGGUGUGCACGCGCGUCAGGAGUUUCUGGAUUUUCUCCUGAUGGAGAUUUCGCACCACGAGCUCGCAGGGGGUGAGAAUGCAGCAGCAGAUGUAGCAGAGGAGAGCGGGGAGGAGGCAAGAGAGGAGGCGAGAUUAGAGCGAGCGAGUGAUGAUGGCGACGAAGCUGAUGCUUCAGGGGCUGAAUACGCUGCAGUGGGCGCAGAUGCCGCAGGUGGUGCCAGCGCUGCCGACACUGCUGUGAAUGCAUGUGUGUCUGACGGGGCUGGCGCAGGUGAGUGGAAGGAGGGGGGGAGCAGGGGCACACGUGGUAAGGGAGUGAGGGCAGGGCGGGGCAGAGGCAGAGGUAGAGGGCGAGGCAGGUGGAAGGUGGAGGGGCGGCUGGGAAGGGACGUGCCGGGUAGAAGGGCGAGGAGUAGGGAAGGAGGGGCGGGGGGAGAAGCGAGGUGGAAGAGCCGUGUGGGUGGGGAGGCAGAAGCAGGAGAGGAGGAGGACGCUGGCUGGGCGAUUGACCUGAGGGAAGGGGAGGAAGCGGAGGAGGAGAGAGUGGGGGAGGAGAGAGGGCAGUCAGAUGGAGCGAGGGGGAUGCAGGAGAUGGGUGCCGGGCGAAAUUGGGUGGAAGGUGAGGUUGGGGGCAAGGGUGGGGCAGGGGAAGGGGCGGGUGAGAUGCAGCAAGGGAGAGGUGGAGAAGGGGAGGGCGUGAGCGGGGUCGUGGACCCCUCAGGGGAGCAAGCGCAGGCUCGGGAGGGGCGGCAAGAGCCAGAGGAGGAACGUAUGCAACCCCAGGGUGGGGCUGUGGCAGAGAGGGCAGCAGGUGGAGAGGAGGGCCAGACGAUUGGGGGAAGAGACGGGGGAGAGGCGGGAGAAGCGGGACAAGGGGGAGGAGCAAGAGAAGCAGGGGAAGGGGGAGAAGGGGGAGAAGGUGGUGAGGUGCAGGAUCUGAGAGCGAGCAGCGGAGGGGAAGACGUGGAGAUGGAGGUGCGUGGAGGGGCAGUGGGGGCCGGCAUGGUGGCAGGAGGGGGCAGUGCGGGGAGAGGAGGGGGAGAAGGUGAGCAACAAGGAGACGGGGAGGCGCGUUUGGAGGAUACGGGGGUGGGUGGAAGGUCGAUGGCUGGUGGCAUAGCAGCAGGAGCAGCAAGGCAGAGGCAUGUUGGGGAAGAGGAGGCGCAAGAGCAGCAGCAGAGAAGCAAGGGUGAGAAGGGGUGGCAGGUGGAGUGUGUGGGUGACGAGAGGCACUUGGUGGAUGGUUCUGGGCGUGCUCUCAGACAAACGGACGAGGCAGAGGUUAUGGAAAUGGGGACAACUAGAGAAGGUGAUGCGGAAACCUCUAAGGUGGUAGAUGAAACGGUAGAUGAAACGCAUGUACAGUUACAGGUACUGACACGGACCGAGGAGCUGACAGAUGCUAGGAACCAGACACGCGUAGGUGGGGCUGGUGGGACAGGGCCACGGAUUGAGUCUCAAGUAAGUGAGACUGCACAUGUACAGGUGGCACACGCUGACGUGGCACAGGCUGAGUUGGCUAAAGCUGAUGCAGAGAGGGUUAGGCAGGACGAGGGAAAGGCGGGGCCCUGUGUUGAGCUGCUGGCGAGGAAUGGAGUGCUAAGGGACGGAGCGCAGAAGAAGGUAGCGGAGAGGGAGGGAGUGGGAAGGGAUGAAGUGGUGAGGCAACACAAGGGGCGGAAGGCAGGCGAGCAGCGGCAGGCAGGGCGGCAGAGGCGGAGAGGGAAGGGAGGGCAUGGACUGCAGGGAGGGCAGCAGGCGCAGCAGGAGCAGCAGGCGAGUGGGCAAGCACAGGAGCAAGGCCGGGUGGACGGGCAGGCAGGGAGACAGGGGCGCGAGUUGAGUGGUGGGCAGGCGGGAGAGGAGGGAGGUGGUAAGAGGGACGGUGGCGGCAGUGGAAGAGGUGGGAACGGCGUGCUGAGAGGGCAGGCGAGCAGUAGUCCGCAACACAUGGUGACAUAUGCUCAUGCUGCUGACCCCGCUCCUGCUCAUGCUGCUGAUCCCGCUCCUGCUCACACUGCUACACACACCUUUGCUCACACUUCUGCAGCGUCCCCUCCACGAAAAGUGUUACCAACCGCACAGCUGCCUGCAGCGCAGCAGAUUGCUGAAACGAGUCCUGGCUUGGCGGUUAUUGGUGGUUGGAGUGAAGAGGCGCAAGGGAAGCCACACAGAGGGGAGGGGACAGAGCCGCUGCAAGGUGGGCAAGAGGCGGCGGGCACGCAGAGGCACGAUGCGGCGGAAGGCCAGGGGCCACAGAGGCAGCAGGUGCAAGCGGCGCAGCUGGUGCAAGCGGCGCAGCAAGAGCAUGGACGGCAAGAAGAGGACGAACGGAAGCAGGAGGAGCAGCGAGACGAGGGGGCUAGGGAGGUGGUGAAAGGGGCCAGCCUGCUGGGGGGUGCUUUGGACGGGCCAGGGCCUUCCACCUCCAAGCUGCAGGAAGCUUCCUGGAUGGAGCUCUCCAGCAUGGUCGGCCUCUCCCCUGUGCCGGCGCUCACCCCCCUGCCUCCUGCCGCCCUUGCCGACCACCCCGCCGCCCUCUCCUGUGGGCUUGCCGCCCGGGCUCUUCCAAGUGGAACUGUGGGGAAGCAGCAAGGAGGGGGAUUCGUGGACAAUGGGGGUGUGGGGGGUGGGGCGAGAGGAGGGGGAGAUGAGGGCCCCUCUGGCACACCCCUGAGACCUCCCUCCCUCCAGCAGCAGCAGCAGCAGCGACAUGGGAUGGAGAGGGGGAGUGUGGCAGCUGCUGCUGCUGUAACAGGUGGUGGUGGUGGUGGAGGGGGGACGAAGAAGGGGGGAGGAACAGCAGGGCGCGCGGAGGGGGGAGGGGGGUCGCGGAGGCAUGGAGCAUCUAGCAGGGCGGGGAAGAAGGCAGGUGGUUCGGGAGCAGUGGCAGGCGGAGCAGGGACUUCUGGAGCUGGGGCAGGGCUAGCGGCAGCAGGAGUAGCAGCGCCAGCAGCAGCAGCAGCAGCAGCGGCGUUUUCUGACUUUGGAGGGGUGAGCAGCGGUGGCAGCGGGGGCGAGGGGGCGGGCGAUGCGCGUAUGUACACAGCGAAUGGGGGGCUGCGGCGCAAGCACCACCGGCCGUGGACGCUGAGGGAGGUGAUGAUCCUGGUGGAUGGCGUGGCGCGGUGCGGUGGGGGCAAGUGGGCCGACAUCAAGAAGCUCGCCUUCUCCUCCAUUGGCUACCGCACUGCCGUUGACCUCAAGGACAAGUGGCGCAAUCUGCUGCGUGCAAGCAAGAUGGCGCUCCAGCCACCCAAAGAGGGCGAGCAGCGCAAGAAGCAGGUGUCGGCGUCCAUCCCGCCCGCCGUGCUGGCGCGCGUGAGGGAGCUCGCUCAGCAGCAGGAGGCGCAGACGCACCUCAAGCUGCACUCCACCGCUGCCGGGGGGGGCGCAGGGGGGGCAGCAGCGACAGGGGGAGGGGCAGGGGCAGGAGAAGGGGGGUCAGGGGAAGGAGGAGGGGCAGGCGGAGGAGGGGGUGCAGAAAGAGGUUUGCUAUUCCGCGUUGGUCCGCCGCUUUACUGGGAACUUGUAAACCUAGCUGGUCGGCGGGCCGUCGCAGGCAUGGCGGGAUCGCUGUCAGGCGACGAGUUGGCGAACGGCAAGGCGCUGGUGCCGUUCCUGCAGCGCGCCGAUGAGCUUCAGAAGCACGACCCGCUCGUCGCGUACUACUGUACGCGCGUUGUAACCCUAAUCAAAAGGGCCCUCGUCCCCCACCGUGUUUCUUUCCCGUUAAGCGCGCGCCUCACCGACGCAGACGCUUCAUCUCCGCGCGCCGUUGCCCCACGCCAUGCACGCGGUCGGCUGUACGCGAUGGACAAGGGGCUGCGCGUGCCCAGCAAGGAGCGCAGCCAGGCCGUGAACGCGCUGCUCGUCUCCAUCAUGGGCCGCCUCGAAAAGGACAAGGCGGCGCUGCAGCUGUCGCCUGACGACGGGCUGCACGUGGAGGGCUUCGCGCAGCGCGUCUUCGCCAAGGCGGACAAGCAGGACCGCGCGGGUCGCGCUGACAUGUGCGUCGCGUGCUGUGGCGUGCCUUGGGGUGCUGGAGGCGCUGAUAGGGCAGGCGCUGUUGUUAUUCUGAAGGGGGUGCAAUCUGUUGUGAUGCUCAUGGCGUGGGCAACUGCCCCCACUGGCGCCAGUGCCACAGGCGGUGCUGGCAGGCUGCAGGUGGCGAGGCCGGUGGGAGGUGGGAGUGCUGCUAUGCCCAACCCUCAUGCUCGAGGAAGUCCGUAUUCUCAGGGCCACGGGGACUACUCGCAAGCAACCCAGGGGCAGGCAGCACAGGCAGCACAGGCGGCACAGGCGGCAGAGGCAUGGCAGCGGAGCACACCCCAGCCAGACAGUGCGUUCAUCACCUCCCUUGCGGGCGCCCCGGCUACCUCUGCUCCCUCCCUGCCCUCCGCCCCCUCGUUCACCUCCCCACCAACCUUCACCCACUGGACUCCCGACUCUCACUACUCAUCUGCCACGCCACCCACCACUGCCAUCCCCUCCGCCCAGUCAGCCCCGCCAGCCCCAGGAGCAGGCGGGUGGGGCCAACCUGCUGCUGCUGCAGCGCUGGCUUACCAGCCAGCACAGGCAGCAGCAGCAGCAGCGGCGGCGGCAGCAGCAGGUGCCUUCACAAACCCCAUGUUUGCCACUCCGCCUGCCCCCAAUGCAGCCACUGGUUCUGCCCCUGCAGCCUUUUCCUUCAUGCCAGGGGGUGCUACUGCUGCCAGUGCCAGCCCAGUCGUGGGGGCCGCGGGGGCUACAUCAGAGGCACACCCAUCGCAGGCGUCCCCACAUUCGGCGUACGGUGGAGGUGAUGGGGGUGUGGCGCCAAACGGAGGAAUGGUUGGAGGAGCAAGAAUAGGGCAGAAUAUUGCAGUGGCAGCAGCAAAUGGGCCUACUGCUUCACCAUCUGCAGGUAGCUUCUCAAGCUCUCAAGACCCAGGGCCUCGCGAGGUAGCGGAUGCGCACAAGGCUGCUCGAUACGCCGUGAGUGCGCUUGCGGGUAAUGACGUUCCAACCGCUGUUGAUUUUAUCAGAAAGGCGUUGGCUUUGCUGGAGCCCGGUCGUGGCUAUUAG